AUGGCUGACCGGAAACAAGGAACAGGAAGCAUUUGUCUCGUACUACAACGACAAGAUGAAAUUAAUCAAGAUCUACGAUGCCGACAUGGAUAAGCCUAAACAACUAGAAUGGUUACGAGGUGGCGUUUGUGGGGCAACCGCUAAUGGCAUCCUCGGCAAAACUUUCAGAUCUCCGGAGGAACUGAAGGACUAUGUUACCCAGCACGAGGCAGACAAGAAGCAAGUCGACCAAAAGGUGGCGGAAGAACAAACACAAAAUCGAAUGGCCAAAUUAACCCCACAGAUCGGCCAGCACCAGACUUACCUGUCACCCGCCCGACGCGAUAUGAGUAGACAAAAUCCAGGAGCUUCGUCCUACAACCAAUUCGGGUGGAACAACAGGCGCUGCUUCAAUUGCGGCCAGCUCGGGCACCUAGCUCGAGACUGCUUUUCUCGCCGGUGAUGAUGGUAUGCUGAGUACGGAUGUUCGCUUGUGUUGGCUUCGAG